CCUGGCAUGAUGCGCCAGCGGGCCUGCUUCCUUCACUGCCUCUUUUCUGUAAUAGAACCUCUUAGUGGCACUGUACUGCCUGGAAGACCAAGUUAGCCACCAACGAGACCGCACCAUCUGUUGCCUCUUUCAGGCUAGGCUCUGGUCGACUGCCACAGCACACCGGCCAAUCGCAGCACGGCAAACUCACUGGACCCAUACCACAUACCACACCAAACCUGCGGCGUGGAGACCCCUUGCCCGCCGGUCGCUCGCUGUGGCUACGGGGGGUGGGUUCCCCAUGCAGCCACCAAAACGCACUAGCACUGCUUAAGCUGGUGCUGGUGCUGUCGGCCGGGACGGCACAGUACGCGUGGACACUGUAUUUUUUCCAGUUGCCUACCUGCCUGCCCACCCCCAGCAAGCCCCCCAAGCCGACGGGCGCCAAUAAAGCCAAUGCGAAACAGGUGCUGGUGCUUGUCCGGGACUGUCGCUGCUGCUGUUGCUGGUACUAUUCCUUUCUCGUCUCAAUCCUUUGCCUGCUUUUUCCCUUUUCUCUUCCUCUUCUCUUGCAACCUUGCCUUCUUCCUCUUUCUUCUCCUUUUCUUCUUCUUUUCUCUCUAGGCAUCGCAAGGCGCUUCAGAUCACCGCUCCUCCUCCCUCCUCCCUCGUCCUCUUUCUUCUUCCCCCCAAGAGUAGAGGCAAGGCAAAAGAACACCAAGUAACCUGCUGUCGCACCCUUCUCUUCGCCAAGGCUCGCAGCAGUUUUCUUGCAAUUACUUUUCAUCUGUCCCGGAAUCUACCACGCCUCGCCGUAUUUUUUGGGGCCCCUUCUGUGGACGACGACAUUCCUUUUCCCGCCGCGCAAAGGUGACAUGCAGCUGGUGUCCCUCCACUGCGCCGUGGCCCUCCCGACUCUUAUCGCCCCUCCCUAAUCGCUAGAGAGCUCUCGGUGCUCCCCGCCAUUUUCUUCGACUGCCCCUCGGUCGCCGCCAGAACUCUUCCCAGCCCACCAACACCACCAAUUUCCUGGCGUGUGACGGUGCUGCAUUUAACGAGCUGACGAAUUUUGUUAUCCUUUCUUUCCUUUUCUUCGUUUAUUCCCCGGGGUUUUAUUUUAUUUCCGAGCCUGACGACCAAUAUUUUUCUUCUUUAAAACUGCUUCUGCGGGACAUGGUAAUCAACGACUCUGCGCCUCGGUCAUCCAGAGCUCUCAACAUGUCCAACGCUACCGUGGCCGCUGCCAACUCGGCGGCUGCCAACGCCGACGCCAAAACUACUGAUGCUGCUACCGCCAAUGCUAAGCCGGCCAACAACUUUCCCCCGCCAAAGACCGAUAAACCACGCCCUCACGUCUGUACGACUUGCCAGCGAUCCUUUGCUCGUCUCGAGCAUUUGAAACGUCACGAGCGAUCCCACACAAAAGAAAAGCCGUUUGAAUGCCCCGAGUGUGCACGAUGCUUUGCUCGACGAGACUUGCUGCUUAGACACCAGCAGAAGUUGCACCAGACGUCUACGCCAUCGUCACGCCCGCGCAACCGUCGGGAGUCUGCCAGCGGCGUUACACCUGCCCAGGCUAGACGCAAGAGCAGCAUCGUCGGUGCUAGCCCCGUGGUAGGAGCCAAUGCCAGCGGUAACGCCUCGAUGCGUCCGCGAGCCAACACCAUCAGCCAUGUCGAUAUCAACGCCAUGCAAAUGAUUGCCUCUGCGACAGCAAGCGCAGCGCGAGGCCCAGGCGGCCAUAACAGGCACCCUAGCCUGUCCGGCCUCCCCGCCAACGCCAUGCACGGUCUUGGCCUCUCUCUUAUGAACCAGAGAGGGCUCUCGCAGACGCUGGGUAAGCUUGACACGGCGACCCUCGCCAACGGCGAAUUCGACGCUGGCUUGAGAACGGCGCCGGCGCUGUCUGCCUUUACACCAGACUUUGACUUUGAAAAUUUUGUCUUUGGGUCUGGUUCUACGAUUAACCCCAAUGCGUUACAUUACAGUGAUUCAGCGCACUCGGUUGGUCUGGAUCAACGCUCACCUUUUCCUGGAACACUAAACGAUAUUUCGUCGACACAGACAUUUGAAGACAACUUUGACUGGGUCACUGGCUUUGAGAACCAGAUUAACAUCCGGUCCAAUGAAAACGUGAUUGAUGGAUCUAGCCCGUCGGCAAUUAGCACGACGAGCCAGAGUGGAAUGAGCGACGUUAUGGUAGAUGGAUCGAACCAGCCGCUCCCGGCGUCGACAAGCAGCAUGUGGCAGCCGUCCGUGAUGGGACCGCCACAGCUGACGAACCCGUUCGCGAUGGAUCUCAAUGGGUCAGUCUUUCCGGACCUCCUCAAUGGAGCACCUGUAUCACCUCAGCCAGCUUCUCAAAAGAUUAAUGACCCGUACCUCUCCGCCUCUCACAAUUCAAUGCGAUCGCUAAGCCCAUCCGCAGUCAAGACCAGAGGAGCGCUCCAUCCAUUAGGCCUCCACGCCGUUCCGGACGUCCAACCAACCCUCCCUCCAGGUAACAACGGCGCCUCUCCCGUAACCACCAUCACAGAAGCCACAAGGACCGCAAUCGUGAAUACACUCUCCCACCGUCAAAACUUUGGCGGCCGUAAGCGUACCCUAGCCACCUCUCCAUCCGCCCAAGGUCAAGUCGGAAUGGGAGCAGGUUUUAAUCUGCCUAGCAUUCAGGACCUCCAACGAUAUGUGGCAUCCUAUCUCUCUUACUUCCACCCUCAUUUUCCAUUCCUCCACCUUCCCACACUCUCGUUUGACAUGAGCACUGCUCCCACUGAUGAAGACGGUGCCAUUGGUGGCCGCGGCUGCCUUCUUCUCGCCAUUUCCAUGAUUGGCGCCCUGUACGCCGGUGAUGCUGCCCAGUCAAAGGAUUUGUUUGAAAUGUCCAAGAAGAUGAUAUUCCUGUUUCUUGAAGAACGCCGCAAGGCCGAAAUGGAUCGCCACGCUGACGCCAAAGCCCGCAGGAGCGCUUCUGCCGGGGCCGACCACUCCUCGAUGCCUAGUGACGAUGGUGCUGAUACACCAGUAUGGCUCGUACAAGCCAUGCUUCUCAACGUCUCCUACGGCCACAACGUCAUCGACAAGAUUGCUACCUCCAUCGCUUCGACUCACUGUAUUGCACUGGUUAGUCUUGCGCAGGCGGCCGGCUUGGGCAAGCAAACACCGCUUUCCACUCCGCCUGCCGAUAUUGUCAUGUCUGAUGACCCGAAUGUGAAUUGGUCCAAGCAUGCAGAACUGCUUGAACACCAACAGUGGAUAGAGUGGUCGAGGAUGGAGGAGCGCAAGCGGACCAUGUAUGCCGUCUUUAUCCUAUCUAGCUUGCUGGUUACGGCUUACAACCACGCGCCUCCCCUUACCAACUCAGAGAUUAGCCUGGAUCUGCCAUGCGACGAAGAGUUCUUCUCUGCCGAAUCGAGCACCGCAUUCUUUGCCAAGGGCGGCAUUGAGGCUGCUGCGCACAAUACAGUACCUUUCUCAGAGGCGUUGGCGGAACUUCUUCACGCAGGCGAGCGCCAAAAGCAGCAGCAAGGUGACUCUCAAAACGCACAAGCAAGCAAUCUCAAGACCAGUUCAGUUGGUUGCCUGCUACUCAUUUAUGCAUUACAUAAUUAUAUUUGGGAGACGCGUCAACGUCAUCAAAACGAAGUUUGGACUACCGAAGAGACCGAAAAAAUGCAUCGACACAUCGAACCCGCACUACGAGCCUGGCAGAUUCUGUGGGCAAACAAUCCACAACACUCGGUAGCGCAGCCCAUUGGGAUUGGGCUGGGACCGGCUUCAUCCGACGCAAUUCCUCUUCUAGAUUUAGCUUAUGUACGCCUGUUUAUUGAACUGGCCGGAGCCAAGGAAAGGUUCUGGGACCGCGACUGGGAAGGCAUGGCGGCUGAGAUUGCAAAGGGCAGCCAGCUCGUGCCGGUUGCUGGCCGAUCUCCGGGCUCCAACGAUGGCACCGAAAAUACAGACGGCACCGACACCUCGGUUCACGGAUCGGUCUUCUCCGCAUCUCCUGCGAAUCAGAGCACCACAACUGACGGUUCGAUGAACAAGGCACCACUGAGCGGCGCUUUGACGGAGAGUGAGAAACUCGCCAGCCGCCGUGAGAAGCAUCUGCGCAAGGCUUCAUUCUUUGCAGCCGACUCGCUGGCCAUGUCUGAAAGUCUUGGAUUUGCCAUGUCCACAACUCACGGUCCAGAAUUGGCUCUCCCUGCGGCAUUGUGCAUUUUUGAAUGUGCGCAGGUGCUAAUUGAGUGGGUAGCAACUGUGCAGGACCGUGUGGGAGCAUACAUUGGUAUCAUGGGCCGAGACGAGAUUGAUUUCGGCUCCAUGCCAGCCAUCAUGGUCUUGGAGGAUGACGACGUGAAGUUGCUGGAGAAGGUGCAGAACAUGAUUGCAGCAGCAGAGUCCAAGAUUAAGCUGCAGCUGACCAUGGACGGCAGCGACCAGGACUUUGUGCUGGACAAUUCUGGCGGGUUCUGCUCGAAGCUGCUUCAGCUAGUGGGAAUGAUGUUUGAUAAGGCCGGCGUGUGGCAAGUAUACAACCUCAUGUCGCAGUGUGCGCUGGCCCAGGUUUCGGCGUGUACCGCGCGAGCCGAGCGAUCAGUAGCAGCCCGGGGCUAGUAUGAUUCUUGCUAUGUAUUUGAACAUGCUUAACUUGGCAAGCGAUUCAUUCUACUACUGUAUUUCAUAUCAUGUAUUGGGUUGGGAAAUCUUUUUUAUUUUAUUUUACAGAAAAUUAAAACAAACAUGUUGUCAAACAACAAAGAGACGGGUUCUUCUUCGCCUGUAAUUAUACUGCUGCCUAUGUACUUUAGCCUGCAUCUCCUCUGUAGGCAUUGUAAUUAUCAUAACCGUAAUUUUGCUG